AUGAGCUACCAAGAGUACCAGGGACUGGGGUUCCAGCACCCGUCGCGGAUGCAGUCGCCGCUGAGCGAGACGCACUCGAUGACGCCGACAUCGGAUAUCUCGAUAUCGAACCGGGCGCAGGCGUGGUCGGACCCGAUGUACGACCAGACGUGGGGGACGGCGGGGUACGGGGGGAACGGGGCGGCGUAUGGGCUAGCGCAGCCGCCGAUGGGGCGGUACGAGGCGUCGGGGUUGUGCUCGGAGUCAUCCAACGGGUCGGGCACAGUGGGCGAGAGCCAGGCGCCGCCGAUGGGGGUGCUUGCGCAGUACGCGCAGGUGAGCCACCCGAUGACGCUCCAGUCGGGGCAGAUGAACAACCCGCGCGACUUUACGAGCGCGCCGUCGCGGACGGUGUACUUGGGCAACGUACCGCCGUACAUCACCACGAAGGAGUUGUUGGACCAUGUGCGUUCGGGCGUGGUGGAGGAAGUCAAGAUUCUCCCCGAGAAGAUGUGUGCAUUUAUCUCCUUCGUGGAGGAGAACUCUGCGCUCUUGUUCCACUCGGACGCUAUUCUCAAGCGGCUAAACAUCGACGAUCGCGACAUCAAGAUAGGCUGGGGCAAGCCGACGCAGAUCGAUCCGAUAGUCGCGGCGGGGAUUACAAACGACGGUGCGACGCGCAAUGUAUACAUCGGCAAGCUCAACACCAACAAGGACAUCUGUGCGCAGUGGGGUGUGGAUCCAAACGAGGAGGUUAUCACAGAGGAGAAGUUGCGGAACGACUUGUCCGACUUCGGGGAGGUAGAGAACGUCAAGAUUGUACCGGAGAAGGGCAUUGCGUUUGUGCAUUUCUCGUCGAUUUUUGCCGCAAUCAAGGUGGUCGCCAACUUGGCGAACAUCAACCCUUACUACGCGCAGAAGAAGAUCUUCUACGGCAAGGACAGGUGUGCGUUUAUAACCAAGACCCAACAGCACAACGCCGCGCAGUUCUUGGGCAUUCAGCCCGGCAUGGAAUCCUUCUUUUCCAAUGAUCGGGAAUUGAUCUCACAGACGUUGUUACAGCAGUCUGCAGCUGCAGCUGCAAUCGCUACCAGCGCAGGCGGGGCUAACAAUUUGGGUAACCGCACGAUAUAUUUGGGCAACUUGCCCAAAGAUGUGAAGCUCGAGGAAAUAUGCAAUUCUGUUAGAGGGGGGCUGUUACAGCAUAUCAAGUUAUUGAGCGACAGGCAUGUCUGCUUCGUCACGUUUAUCGAUCCUACUGCUGCUGCGCAAUUCUACGCCAUGAGUUCGCUACACGGUUUAACCAUCCACAACAAAAGGUGUAAGAUUGGCUGGGGUAAGCACUCAGGGCCCUUGCCCAAUCCGCUAGCACUAGCUGUGUCCCGUGGGGCGUCCAGGAACAUCUACCUAGGAAACAUUGACUUUGCCGCAGACAAAAAAUCACAGCAUCCAAUCUUUACGGAAGCAGCACUACGUGCGGUAUUCCAGGAGUUUGGUGAAGUGGAACAAAUCAACUUUUUGUAUGAGCGGAACUGCUGCUUCAUAAACUUUGCCAAUAUCAGCAGUGCGAUCCUGGCCAUUGACAAGAUAAAGUCCAUUCCGACGUUCAAGGACUUGAAAAUCAACUUUGGCAAAGAUAGGUGCGGCAACGUUCCUCGUCAAUUUUGUUAG